AUGACUAUAGUAUACAGUAUAUGUAAAUUAUGGCAUACAUUUUUCACCUUAUGCCACUCUGCCCUGUAUUUGUUUGUAUCAGAAGCGGAGGAAAGUAAUGAGACGCCGUCGUCUGAGGAAGAUCAAGACCUGGUGGACUUGAACUCAGACCUGAGCAUCAAACAGAGUAUUCCUUCCUCCAGGAAGACCAUCAGUCAGAUCAUCAAGGACAAGAAAAAACAGACCCAGCUCACACUGCAGUGGCUGGAGGAGAAUUACAUAGUGUGUGAAGGAGUGUGUCUGCCUCGAUGCAUCCUCUAUGCCCACUAUCUGGACUUCUGCAGGAAAGAGAAGCUGGAGCCGGCCUGUGCUGCUACAUUUGGAAAGACAAUCCGACAGAAGUUUCCUCUCCUGACAACUAGAAGACUCGGCACCAGAGGACACUCCAAAUAUCAUUACUAUGGAAUCGGCAUCAAAGAGAGCAGCGCUUACUAUCACUCUGUUUAUUCUGGAAAAGGUUUGACCAGGUUUUCAGGGAGCAAGCUCAAAAAUGAGGGUGGCUUCACCAGGAAAUACUCUUUGAGCUCUAAAACUGGAACGCUGCUCCCAGACUUCCCCAGCGCCCAGCAUCUUCUCCUGCAAGGAAACAUUUCCAGAGAAAAGGUGGACACUCUAAUUAUGAUGUAUAAAACACACUGCCAGUGCAUCCUGGAUAAUGCCAUAAAUGUCAAUUUUGAGGAGAUCCAGAAUUUUCUGCUCCAUUUCUGGCAGGGAAUGCCGGACCAUCUGUUGCCGCUGCUGGAAAACCCCGUUAUAGUCGACAUCUUCUGUGUCUGUGACUCCAUUCUCUAUAAGGUUUUAACAGAUGUUCUGAUUCCUGCCACAAUGCAGGAAAUGCCUGAAAGUCUGUUGGCAGAUAUCCGCAACUUUGCCAAACACUGGGAGCACUGGCUGGCCUCCUCACUGGAAAACCUCCCCGAAUGUCUCGCAGCCAAGAAGCUUCCCAUAGCACGCCGCUUUGUUUCAUCCCUGAAGAGACAGACCUCAUUCCUACACCUGGCACAGAUAGCACGCCCGGCGCUUUUCGACCAGGCUGUAGUGACCAAUAUGGUGCUGGAUAUCGACAAUGUGGAUCUUAGCAGCAUUAGCUCGCAGCCUCUUCUCAGCGUAACCGCUAAUGGAGAUCAGGACCCGGAUAUCUACUCUGAGUAUGACUCUAUUACAGUCUUUCAGGAGCUGAAGGAGCUGCUGAGAAAAAACGCCACAGUGGAGUCCUUCAUCGAGUGGCUGGACUCUGUGGUGGAGCAUAAAGUCAUCAAGCCUGGUAAACAGAGCGGCCGGUCAGUGAAGAAGCGCGCUCAGGAUUUCCUCCUCAGGUGGAGUUUCUUUGGUGCCAGAGUGAUGCACACGCUCACACUCAACAAUGCUUCUAGCUUUGGUUCCUUCCAUCUGAUCAGGAUGCUGUUGGACGAGUACAUCCUGUUGGCUCUGGAGACUCAGUUCAACAACGACAAAGAGCAGGACCUUCAGAACCUGCUGGACAAAUACAUGAAAAAUGCAGAUGCCAGUAAAGCGGCGUUCAUGGCCUCGCCCAGUUCCUGCUUCCUGGCAAAUCGCAGCAAGGCCACUGCUGCCACGGACCAGCCGGUAAAGAACGAGUCUCUGGGAGAACACACCUACAUGUCUCUGUCCACCAAUCAGCAAAGCCUGGAGGGAAAAACUGUCAUCUAUCAGGGGACUGAAACCUCUGGCUUCACAGUUUCUGGUCCUCAGAUGGACUUCUCUCAGGUCAGCGGCCCCCUCAUGACCCCCCCAAUCUCUCCAGCGGGAUUAGUUCACAGAGGUUCUGUCAUCAAUCAGGGGCCCAUGGCAGGAAGGCCCCUGAUGUCCUCUUCUUCUUCCACCACCUGCUCCUCCUCUUCUUCCUCCUGCCUUUCAUCUCUCAGUGCUAUGACCCAGCCCAGCCCCUGCUCUUCAUACACGGAGACCCUGUACCAUUGUUUACCUCAAACCACCUCCGGUUAUUUUCCUCCAGCCAGCGCCUCCUCAACCCCAAACUACCAAGCUGCUCUCAGGCCUCAGAAUCAGUGUCUGGCUUCGGUUCAGUCUCAAGCUUCAUCUCUUGCCUGUCACCUGUCUCGGUACCCCUCUUUUAACGACCAGCACCUGAAUAAAAACGUGUUCUACAAUCAUCAACCUGCUCCUGUCCAUCACUCAUCCGGCAGCACUAACUGCUCCCUGGCACCCUAUGCUUCUGCAGUCCGGCCCUCAUCUGCCUACACUUCAGGUUCAGAUCCAGCUCACAGUGAACAGGGACUUGACCCUCAGGUUGCAGCCCAGAUUCUGGAUUCAGCUGAGGGGUUUGGCUUUGUGGAGACUGGACUGAACCUUCCUGGUGGUGGAUGUCAGGCACAGACGUAUUCUGUCACAGGACCAAGCGGUUAUUAUGGGAACAGCAGUUACCUGGAGAGCCAGCGCAUGACAUCACUGGUUGACCAGCAUGUGUCUGUCAUCAGCAGCGUUGGCAGUUUGCGUCCUUUCCCUUCGACGUACUCCGAAGUCCACGAUCCACUCAACAUCUUGGACGAGCCAGGAAGGAAAACGGCAGGAGCCUUUUACAGUGAGGCAGAAAACGGAGCAGAUCACUCCCUCUCCUCGUCGGGAUCUGCCCCCUGCAUGUUUGGACUUCCCUCUCAGUUCACCUCGCAGGAAUCUUUGCUUUCUCAGCAGCGUGUGACGGCAUCCUCUGAGGUCCAGGACCUGGUGUCUUCGCUGCCCCCCAUCAACACUGUGUUCAUGGGGACAGGAGGAGUGCAAUGAUGGAUCCAUCAUCCAUGGAGCGACGUAUGUGCCAGUACUGCUGUGUAGGAUGGUUUGGUUUAUAAAAAAGCAACAAGCUCAGUGGGCUGACAAAGGGUAACGACAUGUAAGAUUCUACUAAAUUCACUACAUCAAACACCCAAGCUGCAAGGUACAGUAUGAAUCUUCACUCAGCCACCAGGACACUCCAGCAUGCAGUGCUGAUGAAAAACAGUUGACCUCUGAUAACAGUUUUAUCAGGAAGCCAGCCUUUGAUACCUAUGCUAACUUAAAGAUAUUUAUAUUUAACAAAAAUCUUAUUUAAAUAUAUUUAAAUACACGCAGACUGUGCUAUCCACCUCGAAACAGUUGUUUCUUCUUCAUCCACAACUGUGUUUUUUAAUUGGUAAUUUUUCCAGAUUGGAAAUAACAGCGAACACUGCUUUUGUUCCUUCAGUGUUUUUUCUGUGUGCAAGAAGUUG